AUGAGGUACUCCGGGUUGCAGAGAGACGUACUGGCCCUCUACCGCAAAUGCCUGAGGGAGAGCAGGAAGAAACCGGCGAGUACCCGGGCACACUUCGAGGCUUUCGCAAGGAAGGAAUUCCAAAAACACCUUCAUUUCGACAAGAAGGACUUUUCUGCGAUCGAAUACCUCUUACGCAAAGGGCAAAGGCAGCUUGAGAUGUAUUCCUCCCCGGGCAUCAAAGAUAUCCAUUAA